GCAAUUUUUGCCAAAAAUAUUUCGUCGCCCGGCCAAUUAUGUUUCUACAGGAUAUGGCGGUUACGCCUGACCUAGCUUAAUGUCCCAAUGACGUUAUGAAUAUAUUUUCACUUGUACACAAAAGACUGCCAAUGAAUUUAGAACAAUUACCAUAGGCAUUAUACUGUCGCCCUAUUAUACAGAACUCGUCAUGGGCUGGAGCGUUGCAUUGUCAAACUCAAGUACUGUGUGAUGCUAUUCCGAAUAGCGAUGGACUGUGCCAUUUAGUUUGGCCGCGUAAUGUACUAUACAACAUUGCUUCUCCGCGCGAAUCACAACUUUUUAAAUCAUGUAUUUUUAUAUUAUUUAUUGCAUUUUAUUACAAAUUUAUCGUGUCUCGACCCAGGAUCCAACAGCUAAUAUACCACAAGGACGUAUCGUGGGGAUUAAGGUUUAUACUGAAUCUACCCUCACGCCUGUGGAAAUUUUCUACGGCAUCCCUUACGCGAAUGCGCCUAUAGGUAGAUUCAGAUUUUCGGCGCCUGAACGCCACCCGGGUUGGAGACGGACGUUCUUUGCACAUCGAAUGCCGCCCAGAUGCCCGCAACAGGACUUGAACGCCGAAAACUACAGCGAAGAUUGUCUGUUCCUCAAUAUUUUUGCACCAAAGCGAGCAGAUGGCAAAUUACUUCCAGUAAUUGUUCUGCUGUAUAGCGAAACAUGGUUACGAGGCGGUGCCACGUUACCCUGCCAAGAGUUGGCGUCUGAGGGUGUGGUAGUGGUCACUGUCAAUUACCGCCUACAUUUACUGUCGCUGUUCACGCUGAACUCGGUUGCGGCGAGGGGUAACCUAGCCCUUCUCGAUCAGUACCUAGCGUUAUUAUGGACUCGAGAGAACAUCGCCGCCUUCGGAGGAGACCCGAACGCAAUCACGCUCGUCGGUCAUUCCGCGGGCGCUGACUGUGUUCUACACCAUAUCGUUUCGCCGCGAUCUGCGGGUUUAUUCCACAGAGCAAUAAUUAUGUCACCAAGAAACGUCUGGCGUGCGGUUGAUAAAGGAUUGAACAUAAAUGCUUCAGAAGUUGAAAGAAUAUCUCGGGCGAUCGCUGAAAACCUGGAGUGCUCGGGUAAAACUGACAAAGACAUUUUAAACUGUGUGCGAUCCCGUUCCGUCACCGAUAUCAUCUCUGUCGCCCUGAAUAGCACUUGGCUCAAUAAUUUGCAGCCUAUAUCCGAUAAUUUUUUACCAGAUUCGGAACAAUAUUUACCAGUCUCAGUGGCGGAAGCUCUAACAUCAUCAAAAAUGUCAAACAUUCAACUUGAUAUACUCAUGGGUACUACCAACCUUGAAGCAAUCAACUCUAAUGAUCACUACUAUGAAGAUCUAAUGAAAGAGGGACCGCAGCGUAUUUUUGAAUACGCAACUACAAAGGCUAUACCGGAAACACUGCGCCUGCUUUCGUUGCAAGAGGAAGCGUUGUCGAUGCUUAUACAAGCAAUAAGAUGGGAGUUUUGGGGAGCGCAAACGAGGAACGAGGUCGAAACAGAAACGAUAUCUGCAGUCGAGGGGCUCGCGCGGAUGGAAACUUCCUCACGGUGGGGCGCGGGCGGCGCGCUGCUGGCGGCGCGGCUGGCGCGGCGAGCCACGCGUCUCUACGUGUACCGCUUCACUCAAUCCUCUCAAAUUGACAUACAGGGACGACACUUCAAUUUCACUGGAGCCGUACAUGGAGCCGAUUUAAUUGCUCUUCUGGGAGAUGCUUUAAUGCUUCAAAUAGCUCGAAGACCUGCUACUGAUAGCGAAAAACGUAUUUCAUCUAUCUUUCGAAAGUACAUUGCGAACUUCGUCAAAUAUGGAUAUCCAGAUGCAAAUGAUGGAUGGGAAAGAUAUAAAGUGGGAAAUGCGUACGUUCAAGAAAUUCGCGAAGGAUUGAGUAACGACCACAACUCUCUUUCUGCAUCUAGAGAUGUAGCGUUUUGGCUUAAGUAUUUGCCGAAUCUUUCAAACUUACUCAGUAGCAGAGAGCAUUCGGAACAAUUCGUUACUGAAAAAGAUGAAAGUCGUCUACGUGGUGGUAUGGUCGCUAUGAGCGCGGUAUCGGUGGUAUUGUUGCUGUUGCUGUGCGCGGCCGCGGUCCUGCUGUACUGGCGACGAACGCACAGAUUUUCACUCCAUGACGACGUUAUGAAUCACCAUUGAAUAACUUACAUUAACUCACUUUAGGUACUAGGAAACAUUAAGAUUCCUGCAAUAAUAAAAAAAAUCCCACGAG